CGCUAAAGCGCGCGCCCGUGUCCUCGGAAUUAAAAAGUAAAAUUAAAAAGUUUCGUCGGGAGUUACGAAAAAAAAACUGCAGUGAAAUUUGGAAGAACGCCAAAGCGCGUAGAAUCUACUCUGAUUGGGAAAGUGAGUAAUGAUAUUUUGAGAUGCAUGAAAUGCCAAUCGUUGCAAACGAAAUAAUACGCAAAAAUACAUAUCAUAGAGGAAAAAAUAGUGUUGUUUAUAAGUCUGGAUGACAUAUUUAUCGACGAAAUAUUCAUAGAAAUACGUGAGCGUGUGUUGACUUAUUUUUAAUGUUGUUUUCGUCAGAAGUGCAAUUUUAAUUCAGUGGAUUUUUUUAAAGAAGAGUAAUCAACUUCUGUUUUGUAUAUUUAGGUUGUAUGUAUUUUAUAUAAUAUGUAUUUUUACUGGUUUCUCAUGAGUUAAAUAAAGAUUUAUAUUUCACUGUACUUUUCGUUCUUAUUUUAAUAAUAAAAGAAGUGUUCAACGAAAAAUAAAAACGGCUCAACUCUCGGCAAAUUUCGUCUGGCAGCCCCAUUAAAGAUCUGGCUGCUGCCAACGACAGAGAUUUAAUUGCUGGCAACGAUUGACUCUCGUAUUUCUGCUUUAAAAAAAGAAAAGCUUCACCAUGGUCAUGGCGGAAGACGACGAUGACAGCGACAACGAUUGUCUUUACAUUGACGAAGGUCUAGAAGGUCCUUCACCCAAAACAGGCUCCACCAAUCAGCCACAGGUUCCAGCCAGCACAGCCACUACCGGCACCAGAAACCUGCCCGAUUUAGACGUCGACUUCUUACCCCUUCUGCGGAAUAAGGAAAUUUUAAAAAACAUUCCACUCAUUCCAAAAGAAACACCAAAACAAACUCCUAAAAUUGCUUGCAGAGAUUUCUCUCGAAAACCUUUUGAUGCAAGUGACUUGUUAGACUCCGCAUUAUACCAUCAUCUGACUACAGACAAUCCUCCUCACAAUAAAGAAUCUACGGGUUUACCAAAUGGUGUGACGGCUGAAGACAAUCGGAAUCUCAGACAUUUAUUAGACGAACCACGCAGACCACCGACUAUUCCUUAUGCAUUACCAGCUGCGCAUCGAGGUGUGUUUCCCCAAAUAGAAACAUUUACGGCACCACAAGCCCAAAAUAGUCCUAUAACUCCACCUAAUAUUAAUGGGUACGUCCAAAAUGCUUCUAGAACUCAACCUAACAUUAAUGUUUACGUCCAAAAUGAUCCUUCCAAUCAAUCAAACACGAAUGUGUAUAUCCAACAUGGUCAGCAAAUAGUUGCAAAUCAAAUGUCGAUAGUACCUUCGAACCUCGCAAAUACGACAAGUGUAAUCGUACCGCAUCCAGGGAGUCCUACAGGAGUAACUGUGACCUUAAGGCAACCGACUGAGAGACCAGUCAACCACAUUCCACUAACAAUCAAUGGCUAUCCAGUCCAGAAUGGUGCAGCUCCUGUCAACCAAGAAGCUCAAGGAAGACAAAUCUACAAUCACGCCGAAACGCGCAGGGAAUAUUAUGGCCAGACGCCGAUGCUUUACCAAGGAGCUACGCCUUACAAAACUUGUGACCAGACAUGUCCAUGCAGGAGAGGUGCAAAGCCACAUUCCCCUUCAAACCCUGUGGCUGGCAGGGGUGUCGUAACGAGUAUGCCUUUGAAUCCUGGAUAUGAAUUUAUUAGUCCUUCUUCAAGACCUCAGCAACAACCAAUAAAUUCUACAUUCAAUCCUCAUGGUUCGAACCAGGUACAGCCAGCUCCUCAGUCUCAAGUAAUGAAUCCUCAAUCUUUAAAUGCUUUCAAUCCUCAAAUUACUUCAAGGCCUGUAGCAAACCUUCAACAUCAGCCAACGCAUUAUUUGAAUCCUCAACCACACCUGUCUUCACUCCAUCAAAUGACACUUUCCAUGGCUUCUGAACAUCAAUCAAUGACUUCCCAAAAUUUAAUGAAUACGAGUAUCCAACCAAGUACAGGUCGAGGAAGAGAUCCAAUCAACAUGUCUCCUUCAACUCUUCAUCAUCAAGCAAUGAAUGUCUCAGUGAAUCCUCAAUCUCAUAGCUCCGAGUCACCUCCGUGCUACUCCUGUGCUAUGGGUAAACAAUGUGCUAAAAACGCAAUGCCAUCGUACCUUAACGUUCAGCCUUCAGUUCCAGUGCCAAAUCCUCAAACGAGUGCUUGGAAUGGCUAUAGGCAGGACAAUAGUAUACCUUCUCUUUUGCCACAAAAUCCUGGAUAUAAUAAUGAGCAGAAUAGCAGAGCGGCUUAUUUAGCUUCAUUGAGAUCACAGGAAUUAAUACAAAAUGCAACUAGGGAUAUACUAGGCCCACCAGGUCCUGUCGUUGUGAACAAGAAAACAAGUGCUCCUGCGAAACCAAGAGCUAAACCCGUCAGAAAAAGAUAUAACGUAAUACCUAGUUCAUCAGCAACUAUAAUUUUUAAUGAAGCAAUUAACAAUGAUGUCUAUGUCAGUAAUAUGUCCUCCUGUUCCAUUACUGUGCCAAACUGGACGAAAUUUGGAACCGAAGAUACUGCUCCCAAACAACCAACCCCAAAGCAUACAAAAGCAAAAGUAUCAAAUGUUACAAAAUCUCAAGUCAAUAUUGAGCAUGUCAUUGACUUAACAACUGAUAUAACCCAAUCAACUGUGAACGUGGCUUUUAAACAAAGUGUUAAUGAACAAACUAGUCUAACGACGACCAGCAAUAUGAAUACAAUCAACCUAAUACAAGAUUCUUCCAUCGUAGAACACCAAUCAAAAUCUAUGGACGUGAAUGAUAAUAACAAUGAAACGUUAACAAACUUGAUGAAAUCAUCCACUCAGCAAGAUACGUCCAGCAAUGAUACUGAUAAUCAAUCAAAAAUUCCACUGAUAAUGGAUAUGCCAGAUUUAAGCAUGGAAAUCAAUGUUGAGCCGCCGAUACAACCUAGCGUAAACCAAAUAACAACGAAUGCUAUUACAAAAAAUGUACAAAGUGAAACGCUUUUACAAGAAGCAAGUGAUGUAAUAGACUUGGAGACUGCAUUAGCUUUGUUAGAUGCGGAAACUGACGAAACUACUACUAAUGUCACACAAAACUCUAAAGCGUUAUCUACAUCAAUUAAUAGUUAUGAACUUGUGUCUACGACUUCUGUGACAACAGCGACAACAUCACAUAACAUAGAAAGCAAUGAUGUUAUAAUAAGAACUGAUGCACCUAAUUCGGAAAUACAUACGAACCGAACAGUCAACACCCAGCAAAUAAUAGAACAAAACACAGUCACGGUUUCAAUUGUAAACCAAAUUAUCACUAAUCCGAACAUUUCGUUGCCCGAAACAAAAACCCUUUUAGACAUUUUAAACAACGUGCAACAGUACAACAUAAAGGAAUCUCGUAUGGAACAAUCAUGUUCUGAAAAUGAAAAAAUAGACGACGUUGUAGACGCUACCUAUACAAAAGGAAUUGAGGAGGACGAUGGCAAAACAACGAAUGAUGGUACCUUCGACAGACUGAAAACUGCACGACAACAUUUAGCACGGUGGUCUGCUAUGAUAGACCAUAAUAACGAAACUAAACUCGCAGACAACAAUACUAAAACAAACAAUUGCAAUGUAUACCGUAUCGAUGUAAAAACUGGCCAUCAAGGUGAAUAUAUAGCUCAGCUUGAAAUACCGUCAUCUGAUGGUUCUACCGCUAAACAAGAAACAUUUAGUAUCAAUUCUUCUGUCAACAAAACCACAGACGAUAAAAGUGCUGAUGAUAUAAAUGUAUUGCCUCAAAUAGAAUCAAAAAUAGACAACCAAGAUAUAAAUGACACUGUUGAGUCAAAUGAUACCAAAAAUGAAGAAUCAGAGACGUCCGUGGACGAGUUAGUAUUUUUUAAAUUUCAGAUAAAUUUCUUUAGACUUGUGCAAGAACGCCUAACUGAAAACAAUCACGAAGUAUAUGCUCAAAAGCUUCAUGCUGCUAUUCGUGACCUAAUUCGUAUAAGCGACCAAGAUGACGCAACAGCCGAUAUUAAAUAUGAAUGUCAUGAAUGCCAUAAUAUCACUACUUAUUCACCACGCCAACUUUAUUACAAUGGAAUAAACUAUCUAUCAAGUCUUAUUAAUGGUGCAAAUAAAUGCCAACUUUGUCUUAUUUUCCGAAGAAAAUAUAUUGAAGUAUUAAUGAAAUACAUCCAGCUGGAGACAUCAGGCAAAAAUUUAAACACAUCUACUACUUCUAGAAAGGAAGCUACUGGAAAUUCAGAAAUUAAUGAUCAGCCAUCUGACAUGACAACAGAUUUAGUAAAUGAGUGCAAGACUCAUUCUGAAACUGCACACCAAAAUGAGAAAGAUGAUAACACUGACAAACAGAAGACGGAUUGUACUGUUACAGAACAACAGAGUGAAACAACAGCUAACGUAUCAUCAUCAUCAAGUUUUAAACAAGUUGAAAUAAGUGAAAUCAGUCUUGUGGUGAAUAUAUCACUACACAGACUAAAAAAAUCAACUGUAGAGGCACUUACACGUUGUCAAAAAUCCAAGUCUGAUGACAAAAAAUCAAACAGAGGUGAGACAUCGAAAAUUGCUGAUCGUGAUAGACAUAGUAAAGGCAACAACAAUGCGAACAAUCCUGAAAUCGAAUCAGUCGAAGGAAGUCUACCAACUAAAAGAAGUGCCACCACAGUUCAUGACAACAGCAAUAUAGGGGCUUCUAUGACCACAAGCACUAGUGAAAAUGAAACGGAAUCAUGUACUAAAAAACUAAACAAAAGUGCAAAGAACGAUUCCACUAACAUUCUAGAAAACAAAAAUCAAGAGCGGUGCGCUAACAAGAGGAAAAGCAGUAGCACUGAAACCGAUUUUAGCACAAAUCCUAAUUCACAAUCAUCUUUAUCAAAUAGUAACGACGUGGACCUAGAAAGCCGCCCUAAACAGAAGAAAACUAUGAGUUACGAAACACCCUCCGAUUCACAAACAAUAAAUAAAACUAUUGUAUCCAAAAACAAAGACGAUGACAACAAAAAACAUAAAACAGAAUCCAAAAAACGGAAAAGAGUCACUGCUGAAAUUGUACCGACGACAUUUUCAGACAUUAACAAAAAGGACACAAACACCUCAAAUAACGUGGAUAAUCAAAACAAAGACGAGCACUUGGAGAAACAGAAUAAGAUUUGUAAUAAAACUGCAACUAUUACAAGUGUAGACGCACACAAGCGCAAGACUAUAACAGAUAACAAACCCUCCAAAAAACGGAAGAGUACUAGUGGUGAAGUUGCACCCAGUAAAACCCCAGAAUUGGAAAAUAAAAACACUAAUGUAUCGGAAAACAAUGACAAGAAUAAAAAUACAAAAAAUAAUGCCAACUCAAAUGAGCAGCAAAAUAACUGUAAGAACAAAGAAAGGCCGCAGGAAACGACUAAAAACACUACUACAGAAGACAAAGAAAUAUCUAACAGAAACAAUGCAGCAAAAAAUAAAACUACAAAGCAUACCAAUGCUACCAAAAACAUUAGACUUGAAACUGCUAGCAAAAAUGAUUCUCCACAGAGGAGAAAAUCUAAUGAUAAGAAAAUCAGUAGCAGCAAACAACCAUGCAAUUCAGAAAUAAAUGAGGGUUCAAAUAAUAAUAAGGACAGUAACCAAGUAAGGAAAAGCAUUGAUUCUGAAACUACUACUAAUAAAGAUACAGAAAAGCGUAAUGAUCAAGAUUCUUUAGCAAAUAAGAACAAAGAUAACGAACACAACAUAGCUACGACUUGUAAAGCAAGGGAAAGCACGAACACAGACAUUUCAAGCAAGAAACAAACUCUUAUAUCGAAUAAUGCUACAAACUCAGAAACUAUAACCGAUAAUCAUGGUGAAAUUCAAAAAAUACCAUCACUCAUACUCAAACUUUUUGGAGAUCGCGUAGAAAAAAAAGCAAGCCAAAAUCACGAAAAAGCAUCUAACAAAAGUAAAGAAAAAACAAACGCCAUACAAAAAAAUAAUGUACCCAAAGUAGAAAUUCCUGGCAAAAAGGUGGAUAAAAGUAAAAAUGACAAAAAAGAUAUAGAUUCCAUAUUAAAAAUAACAGACAAAUUCAUUUGCAGUACUUGUUACGUCAGAUACAAAUGUUUCACAGCGUUGGAAAAACAUUUGACUGACGACCAUGAAAUUGUCAAAGUAGAUCCGUCAGACUAUACCCAUGUGAAAAUGGUAACUUGUCCUUUUUGUAAUAUUGAAGUUAUAGAGAAAGAUUUUAAUAAACAUGUAAAGGCGCGACACGCUGAUAAGCAUGCGAAGAAACUUAAUAAGUGCUGAUAAUAAUGACAAGAAAUUUGAACCCUGGAGCACUGGUCUCACAGCGAGGUAGUAAGCUAU